AUGCCAACAGAUGAAUACAGAGUAGUGAUUAGAGCUGAUAAAAAGCCAGUGGGAGAACAUGAACGUCGCUUCAAUGCUCCUCAAACAAACGAAGUUGCAAUUGUUAUGUCAGGUGAGGAAUUUGAGCAACGUGACAUCAUUAUCCAAAGACGCAGUAAUUCACUACAGCGCAUAGCAGAAACACAUCGAUGGUAUGAUGCACUUCAGUACCCACUGAUAUUUUGGCAAGGUGAAGAUGGGCAUCACUUCAACAUCAUGCAAAUCAACCCAACUUCAGGCGCACCAACUAAUAAAAAAGUCUCCGCAAUGGACUACUAUGCAUACAGCAUAAUGAUUAGAAAUCAUGUUUCUAAUCAUACUUUAAAUUGUUGGCAGCUAUUUCAUCAAUUCAUUGUUGAUAUGUAUGCAAAAACUGAAACUGAGCGUCUUCUCUUCAUACGACAAAAUCAAAAGAAACUUCGAGUGGAUGAAUACAUCCACCUAAGGGAUGCUGUCUCCAAUGAUAGAAGUGUUGAUAACGUUGGGAAAAUGGUAAUUCUACCCGCUACAUUCAGAAGCCCAAGACACAUGCAUGAAUACGCUCAAGAUGGCAUGACAUACGUGAGAUCUUAUGGACGCCCUGACUUAUUUAUUACUUUCACGUGUAAUCCAUCUUGGCCAGAGAUAGAAGAAGAACUUUUAUUCGGACAGACACCCAGCGAUCGUCAUGAUUUAAUAGCAAGAGUGUUCAAACAAAAACAAAUGAAGUUAAUCCAUGUAAUAAAUAAUUGUCAUGUAUUUGGAGAAACACGAUGCUGGCUCUACUCAAUUGAAUGGCAGAAAAGAGGACUUCCACAUUCCCAUAAUCUUAUUUGGCUGAAAGAAAAAGUUCACCCAACUGAAAUAGACAAUGUUAUAUCUGCUGAAUUCCCAAGUCCAUUUGAAGACUCUAGCCUCUAUACAGUGGUGACCAAAAAUAUGAUUCACGGACCAUGUGGAAACCUUAAUAUGAAUGCACCAUGUAUGAAGGAAGGCAAGUGCAGUAAGAAAUAUCCCAGACAAUUGGUUACAGACACACAAACUGGACAUGACGGUUAUCCUCUCUAUAGAAGACGAGCACCAUCAGAUGGUGGCUUCACGGCAAAACUCAAGAUUAGAGGCAACACAGAAGUAGAAGUGGACAACAGAUGGGUUGUUCCAUAUUCUCCACUCCUUUCUAAAAUGUUUCAAGCACACAUUAAUGUUGAAUAUUGUAACUCAAUAAAAUCCAUUAAGUACAUCUGUAAAUAUGUGAACAAGGGAAGUGACAUGGCUAUUUUCGGACUCACUAAUGAAAACAGAAACGACGAAGUAUCUCAAUACCAGCUGGGAAGAUAUAUCAGCAGUAACGAAGCAAUUUGGCGGAUUUUCAGUUUUCCGAUCCAUGAACGCCAUCCAACUGUUGUUCACCUUAGUGUGCAUUUAGAAAAUGGUCAAAGAGUCUACUUUACAACAGAUAAUGCUGAAACAGUUGCUGCUGAACCACCAAAUACAACCUUGACAGCAUUCGUUCAGCUGUGUGAACAGGAUUUGUUUGCAAGGACACUGCUAUAUCCCGAAGUUCCAAAAUAUUAUACUUGGAAUGCAUCCAGAAAGGUCUUCUCCAAAAGAAAACAAGGAGUAUCAGUUUCAGGGCAGGAUGCAGUUGCCACAGAAGCCUUGGGUCGUGUGUACACCGUUCAUCCUAACAAUGCUGAGCGCUUUUUUCUAAGAAUACUACUUCACACUGUUCGAGGACCAACGUCUUUCACAUUUUUAAAAACUGUCAAUGGAGAGGUAUGUAAUACUUUUAGAGAGGCAUGCCAAAAGCUUGGAUUAUUAGAGGAUGAUCAACACUGGAAUUUUACUUUAUCAGAAGCAGCAUUGCAAUCUUCACCAGCUCAAAUAAGAAACCUUUUUGCCAUCAUCCUGACAACUUGCUAUCCAUCAAACCCUAGUGGAUUAUGGGAAAAACACCAAGAAAGCAUGAGUGAAGACAUCCUUGCAAAACUUCAAAGAGACAAUCCCACCAUUGACUUAAAAUUUUCUAGAGAAAUUUUUAAUGAGACACUUAUACUAUUAGAAAACAGAUGUCUGGCCAUCAAAAAGAAUUAUAAUACCGAAGAACUGUUAAUAUUUGUACAAUCAAGAAAACCUCUAUUAAAUCAUGAUCAAAGAAAAGUAUAUGACACUAUAAUGGAUAACAUCAGAAGGCAGAAAGGUGGUAUACUUUUCCUUGAUGCACCUGGAGGAACAGGAAAAACAUUUGUAAUUAAUUUACUACUUGCUGAAAUUCGUGCAAGUAGUGAUGUGGCACUUGCACUGGCUUCUUCUGGGAUUGCAUCGACACUGAUGGAUGGAGGACGAACAGCACACGCAGCAUUAAAAUUGCCACUAAACAUUGCCAAUGAACAGCAUCCAACCUGUAAUAUCAGCAAAACAUCUGGGCAGGCACAAGUGUUAAAAAUGUGCAAAGUUAUUGUGUGGGAUGAAUGUACUAUGGCACAUAAGAAAUCACUUGAAGCCCUUGAUAGAACUUUACAAGAUCUAAGAGGAAAUAAUGAGCUGAUGGGAGGAGCUCUGGUAGUUUUAGCUGGAGACUUUCGUCAAACUCUUCCCGUCAUUCCAAAGUCAACACCAGCAGAUGAGCUUAACGCUUGCCUGAAGGCUUCCGUUCUUUGGAGACAUGUGAAAAAAAUGACAUUACAAACAAAUCUGAGGGUCCAACUUCAAGGAGAUCCAAAUGCUCAACCUUUUGCAGAGAAGCUCCUUCAAAUCGGUGAAGGUACUUUCCCCACUGACUUGACAUUAGGCGAAAUCCACUUUCCAAAUGACUUCUGUACCAUUGUGACAUCAGUUGGUGAACUUAUAGAUAAAGUGUAUCCAAACAUUUCAGAAAAUUUCAAACAACACACCUGGUUGUGUGAAAGAGCCAUCCUGGCUGCUAAGAAUGAUGCAGUCAAUGAAAUCAACAAGCAUGUUCAGGACAUGAUUCCAGGCUCUGUAACAGAAUAUAAAUCCAUUGAUACUGUAGUGGAUGCUGAUGAAGCUGUAAAUUAUCCGACUGAGUUCCUCAACUCCCUUGAUCCACCUGGGAUGCCAUCUCAUCGCUUGCCACUUAAAGUGGGAUCCCCCAUUAUGCUGCUUCGAAACCUCGAACCACCAAGGUUAUGUAAUGGCACAAGACUGUGCAUCAAAACACUGCUGCCCAAUGUCAUAGAAGCUACAAUAUUGACUGGGAAGGGGAAGGGUGAUGAUGUAUUCAUUCCUCGCAUUCCACUUAUUCCAUCAGAUCUUCCAUUUCGUUUUAAGAGAUUGCAAUUCCCAAGAGCAGAGCAAACCAGCACUGUCUUCAUCACCUGA